AUGUCACUACUUUCAGUGGCACGCUCUCUCUGUGGAGGCGGUUUGGACCUUCAGAAACAACUGUUCGAGGCGCUGUCAUCGGAGGAAUCACUGGAGAUCUGUAUCACGUUCCCCACUGAAUAUGUCAAAACACAGCUCCAACUCGACGAACGAUCCGCAAAGCCAAAAUUCAAGGGUAUUUUUGACUGUGUCAAACAAACUGUGCAAGGUCAUGGCGUAUUUGGACUUUAUCGAGGCUUAUCAAUAUUGAUAUAUGGUUCCAUUCCGAAAUCUGCAUUCAGAUUUGGUACCUUUGAGUAUCUUAAAGGAAAAGUGAAAGAUGAUCGAGGAAAUCUUACACCGUUUCAGCGACUAUUUUGCGGUUUAGGAGCCGGUUUGUCCGAAGCAGUGUUUGCUGUUACUCCUAUGGAGACGGUGAAGGUCAAGUUUAUCCAUGAUCAAGCUCAAGAAAAACCUCGGUUUCGAGGGUUUAUCCAUGGUAUUAGUUGUAUCAUUAAGGACGAUGGAAUUGGGGGCAUCUACAAAGGAGUUACGGCAACGAUGGUAAAGCAGGGUUCAAACCAAGCUAUGCGAUUUUUCGUUAUGGAGACAUUGAAGGAUUGGUAUCGAGGCGGUGACAAUAAUGUUGUUGUACCCAAGACCAUUGUUGGUAUUUUUGGUGCCUGUGCUGGUUUGGUUUCUGUCUAUGGUAAGUUCGCCCAAAAGUUGCUUGAAAUAUCUUCUUAUCGCAGAGUGACGUGA